CCAAAAGACUUUCUUGCUGGUUUAAUUAGUUCUUGUCAUUGUCCGACGCAGGGGGAUUAAAACUUACAGCGGCGGCGAAGUAACAGCGAAGCUCAGUGCCUCGCGUACAUUUUCAGCGAGCGGUUCUUGUGAGAAAGCCUUCGCCCUAAGUUCGCAGCGGCGCUCCCCGCACACACGCGUGUUUUGCCCCGGCAUGCGCUCGUGAGCGGUCCGUGGCGCGUCUCGCUCGUCCCGCUUGCCGUGCGUCCAGGAGGAGCCGAGGUUAGGAUCGACUCCUUUAGCCAUGUUAGCUGCAACAUGCAACAAAAUAGGGAGUCCGAGCCCUUCACCGUCAACUAUUUCGGAUAACUCCUCGUCGUUUGGGAAAGGCUUCCACCCGUGGAAACGAGCCGCGGCGAGCAGCUGCAGCCUGGGGUCCGGCCUCUCCGGCUUCGGGGUGUCCCGCAACGGAUCCGGCAUCUCGGACUCAUUCGGCACCAACGGCUCCACCGGAUCCAGCGCCUUUUCCCUCACGUCUGGCACCUCGUCCAACUCCCACUUUGGAAACGACUAUUCUGUUUUCCAAGCCUCCGUGUCCAGCAGCUCCCAAGAGUCCAGCCACCAGCCGGUCUUCAUCUCCAAAGUGCACACGUCCGUGGACAGUUUACAGGGCAUCUACCCGAGGAUGAGCGUGGCGCAUCCCUACGAGUCCUGGUUCAAGUCGUCUCACCCGGGGAUCCCCACGGGAGAGGUCGGAACCACCGGCGCGUCGGCCUGGUGGGACGUUGGAGCGGGAUGGAUUGACGUUCAGAACCCUAACGGAGCGGCGCUACAAACGUCCUUGCAUUCCGGUGGACUUCAGACCUCCUUGCACUCUCCUCUCGGCGGAUAUAAUUCUGAUUACUCCAGUUUAAGUCACUCCGCAUUCAGCACGAGUCCCUCUCCACACCUGUUGACAACCGGCCAACACCUGAUGGACGGUUUCAAGCCGGUCUUAUCCUCUUAUCCGGACACGAGCCCCUCUCCUCUGACUGGGGCGGGGGGCACUAUGCUCUCCGGGGGUCCACCCGCAUCUUUAGCGGGGUCUCCGAGGUCGUCUGCCAGGCGAUACUCGGGCAGAGCCACCUGCGACUGUCCGAACUGCCAGGAGGCGGAGAGACUCGGGCCGGCGGGCGCCAGCCUCCGGAGGAAGGGGCUCCACAGCUGCCACAUCCCCGGCUGCGGGAAGGUUUACGGUAAAACGUCGCACCUAAAGGCGCACCUGCGGUGGCACACCGGCGAGCGGCCGUUCGUGUGCAACUGGCUGUUUUGCGGCAAGCGGUUCACUCGCUCCGACGAGCUCCAGCGACAUUUACGCACGCACACCGGGGAGAAGCGCUUCGCCUGCCCGGUGUGCAACAAGAGAUUUAUGCGCAGCGACCACCUGAGUAAACACGUAAAGACGCACAGCGCCGGGGGGUCCGCCGGCUCCGGCUCCGGGGGCAGCGGAGGGAAGAGGGGGAGCGACACCGACAGCGAGCACAGCGCGCCCGGAAGCCCCCCGUGUCAUUCCCCCGACCUGUUGCACCCACCCGAGUCCACCCAGGGAGUGGGCAUGAACGGCCUCUGAAGCGCCCCGCGGCGCGGUAAAAACUGUAAGACGACAAAGCGUCGCGCGCGGACAAGAAGGUGGACGUACUUUGGCCCGUCCGUGGCGUUUACGUUUCCACGAGUGUUUAGAAUGACUCCAUAGCUGUGCCAUCACACACAUCUCAUUUAUACAUCUACGCCGUGAACGUGAAAUCAAGUGAUUGUGGACACACCGGGAGAAGGCACGGGGACUUUUCACAGCCUGAUGCUGAAUAACCGUGACGCAAAAUACAACUCAACAUGUUAAUAGUAGAUCUGGCUGCGUUGUGCUACUGCUGUCAUACAUAUUGUUCAAAACCAAACUCUGGCACUUUAUUAUCGAGCAGGAGAAAUUAUUUUAUCCCUGUAGUUGGGCUGCCCGGUAGGAACAUAUCUGUAGAGUAUGGUAAGAGGGAUGGGGUUCAUUAUAAAUGUCUGAUCCACUCCACAGAGGAGCAGCUGCAGGUUUAUAUCAUGUUGCUAUUCACCCCACUACGGUACAAGUUUGUAAGUAGGCCAGUCCGAGGUCUCUUACGUUUCACUUCGCUGCAAAAUGUGUUGUAUAUACUGAGAAAUGUAGGGUAGAAUAAUUACAGCCCGAUGUAAAGGUGAGUAAUGUAUUUGUCCAGGAGACGAUUUUGUAUAGGUAUUUCUAGUUGUAUAUGGACUCUAGUAAAUAUUUGAAAUAUACGGAAAUGUACUUGGAUUUUUCUUUGACAUGAUAUGAAAUGUAUUGUGGGAGUUAUAUUUAACCACGAGUUUUCUUGUAUUUAGGGGUCUAUCAUUAGGCGCACUUUGAAUUUAUUUGUAACGUUUGGAAAUCAUUUACUGUUUGCCCAUUCAUUUAAUUUAAGUAAGCAUGUUGUAAAGUGAUUUUAAUUUUACAAUGGUAUUUCUUUUUCUCUCUCCGAGAAUGGCUUUUUAUGCAAGCCACUCAAUAAAGUCAGUAUGAAUUCA